AUGCCCAUUUUCAAAAAAUGGAAAUCACAACUCCACCGCAAAUCCAAACCACCGCCCAACAAUUCGUCCCACUACAUCUACUCAACAACACCACUAUUAGCACCAAACACAACCCGCAUGAUCAGCCUCCUCCCCCAUCUCGACUCCACCACCCCAAUAACCUGCUCCGUCUUCACCUAUGACCUCUCCGCCCCAACCACCGGAGAAACGCACAUCUACUCAGCCCUCUCCUACGUCUGGGGAACCGGCCAAAGGUCCCACUCCAUCACCCUCAACAACUACGCCUUUCCCGUGACAGAAAACCUCCACUCCGCCCUCUGGCACCUCCGCGACCGACAGCUGGAGCGGGUGCUUUGGGUCGACGCCAUCUGUAUCAACCAGGAGGACAAUAAAGAAAAAGAGAAGCAGAUUCCGCUUAUGCGCACCAUUUAUGCGCAGGCGGGGCGGGUUAUGGUUUGGUUAGGGGCGCCAUUGGAGAAUGAGUGCGGUGACGAGGCGUUGCGGAAACUAAGGACUCUGGCGCAGAUAAAGGCGAAUGAUCCUGGGGUGGGUCCGACGGUGCAGGAACUUGCGCAGGAGUACCGUGGUGGAUGUGAGACGGUGUUGAAGAGGGAUUGGUUUCGGAGGAUGUGGAUUCUCCAAGAAGUGGGCGUUGCGCGGUCUGUAGUUGUGAUGUGUGGAUCAGUCCAGAUUGAUGGGCAAGCGUUCUGUGAGGGGGUCGCUGAACUGGGGCUUGAAGUUGACUUGCAGACGGUUGUCAACCCCGUCGUGCAGCUCAUCCGCGAUGCACUCUAUCGGCCGAAAUACGAGCCCGGUUCGCGGGGUGUCUUCUCCAUGGGCGAGCUGCUGGAUAUGUAUCGCUCAUGCAGGGCUACUCUCCAGCAUGACAAGAUAUAUGCGUUGCUGGGUCUGAGCGCCGAGGGUCUCGAUGCUCCUGCCUUGCAACCGGAAUACACCGUGCCGUGGCAUGAGGUUUUUCGACGGGCUACUGUGCAUACUUUUGGAUCGUUAUGCACGGUGCAGACAUGGCCGGACAGGCAUACGGCAGUCAUCACGGGGAAGUGUCUGUUCUUAGGACUAGUCACGAGGGUUGACCGAGAAAAUCAUGCAGACGGUCAAGUGCAUAUUUGGGUCAACUGCACUGUGGUCGGGGAAUCACUGGGGUACGGCGAACGUGGAUGGAAUUGGGCAUUCCGGCCCUUCUCCGAGUCCGUCCAGGAGGGUGACGUUAUCUGCCAUCUGCAGGGUGCGGCAAAGCCAAGCAUCGUUCGACUGUGCCAGGAUCAUUUUACGACUAUCAAAACCACGGCCCCAUCCGUGCCAAGUGGAAGGCCCUCUGAUGCGUUGGAGCAGCAUUUCUGCCAUAUCGCUCUCACAUUUACCAUCCCCCCGGGGACUUCGACUAGCUGGGCUGGGUUGGAAGAAUCGACAGAGCUGCUUGAUGUGGCGCCAGAAUACCAGGAGGAACCUGAGAAGAAGCAGAAGAGAUUGGACGGCAUAUCGGCUCUUUUAGAAGAUCGUUUUGUUCACUCCUUCCAAUACAGCGGCAGCAAGUCGGUAGAUUCGAGACGCCUCGUUGAGCAAUGCGGACCUGAAAUCCUCAUCUCCGAACAAGUGGUACGGGCCGUCGCCGGAUGCCUCUCAGAGGAGAAACCCGUCGAAGUCAUGCAAUUUCUUUUUCAGAAACGCGGAGACAAGCUUCCCAUAACGAAUGAAGUGGUUCAAGCAGCGGCGGCAAACUAUCAAUUCGGGUACAGAGUCCUGCAGCUGCUCUUCGAAAAGCGAGGGGAACGCCUCCCGGUCUCGGAACAAGUGGUGGCGGCUGCGGCAGGAAAUCAGGAAAAGGCAUACGAUAUCGUGAAGCUUCUAUUUGAGCAACGGGGGCGAGAACUUGUCAUCUCGGAAGAAGUAGCCGUGGCGGCCGCAGACAACUAUUGGCAUGGCCAUCGAUUAAUGCGCUUUCUCUUUGAACAGCGAGGGGAGAACCUCCCAGUCACUGAGCGCGUGGUCAAGACGGCGGCAGCAAACACUCGAUGCGGAUACGAAACCAUGAAGGUUCUCUUCCAGCACCGAGAGAGCCUGCACGUAUCAGAGGAGGUGCUCGUGGAAGCAGCGAGAAACCCCCGGCAUGGCUACGACAUCAUGCGGCUUCUUUUCGAGCGAGACGAGGACUUGGCCGUGUCGGAAAAUGUGCUCAAGGCCGCGGCGGGGAAUCAAGUAAAUGGAUAUGAGGUUAUGCUCCUGCUGUUUGAGAAGCGAGGGAAGGAUUUGACAAUUUCUGAGGAGGUCAUCAAGGCAGCGCAGGAUAAUUCUUUGUAUGCAGGCGAGUUCAUGCAACUUUUUGAAGCUCAAGGGUUGCUGAAGGGGAGUGUUUGA